GUUCAUUUGGCCACGACGGUGCAAGGUGCGCAAGUCAACCUCCCUCCCCGCCCCUAGCAAGGAACCCUCACCUCCAUCCUGCCUGUCUGAGCUAUGAUCCACCGAAGCACAAAAUCAUCACAACUUUAAACUAAAUCAACAAAUCAACUCAAGCCGUGCACCUCAACAACUACCAGAUAACUCGGCAGCUAUUCGCUCAUCAGACAAGCAAGAUGGCUUUUGGAAGACAGUGGCUCUCUCUCAGUGUGUUUCUCCUGGCGGUGGCCUUGCAGUGGUCGUCUGUCAGUGCGGAGGUGAAGGACCAGGACACUGAGGUUGAACUACCGGUGGUGGCCUUUUACCCCGAGAAGCUGGAACUCAUCACGGAGGGCAAGACGGUGCAGGUCAUGUGGUACACCAACAUCACCGACUCCGCCGACUCUGUGUACGCGAAGAUGGCGAAGUGGAGAGAGGCAGAGGUGGCAGACUACGGAGAUCCGAUCCAGGGUGCCCCGCUGCUGGAGGACGUCAACGCCACCGACAUCCUGCAAUUGACCGACAUUUCCUACUACGGCUACGUCAAUAUCACCGCCAAGUUCGUGGGCUUCAACACACUGCGGGUGGAGCUUUACGAUGAAAUGAACCAGACAGUAGCGGAGGGCGAGAUGGAAAUGACGGUGAGGCUGAAAUCAGAAAACCUCACCACUAUCUACACAUACGUGGUGGGCGUCACUACUGCUGUGGUUUACUUCCUUAUGGGCAUGACGAUCGACCUACAGGUAGUCAAGGGCAUCGCCAAGAGACCGGUGGGGCCCAUGGUCGGGAUCUUCUGCCAGUACGUCAUGAUGCCCCUAAUCUCCUUCGGCCUGGGCCUCGCACUGUACCCCGGGGACUCCUUCGAAGAGCGACUGAUGCGGCUGGGGAUGUUCCUGAGCGGCUGCUGUCCUGGGGGCGGCGCCUCCAACAUGUGGACGCAUCUGCUGGGCGGUUCCCUUGACCUCUCCUGCAUGAUGACCUGCGUCUCCACCUUCGUGUCAUUCGCAUCAGUCCCGUUGUGGGUGUUGACGCUGGGCCCUGUCAUUAUGUCCGACGCCGACUUCAUCAUCCCUUACGAAGACAUCACCAUCACUGUCAUCUCCCUCAUCCUCCCCUGCGGCCUCGGAAUCAUCCUCCAGGCAAAAUUCAAAGGGUCCAAGAUGGUGAAGAUCUGCAGCAAGCUGAUGUCCCCGGUGUGCGCCAUGAACCUCGUUCUAAUCUUCACCCUUGGGACAUACUCCUACCUGUACGUCUUCACGCUCUUCGACUGGAGGACGCUGGUGGCGGGCAUAGCGCUCCCCACACUGGGUUACACCGCGGGGGUGAUCUUCGCGGCGCUGUUCCGCAUGGACACGAAGCGCAUCAUCGCCGUGGGUGUCGAGACGGGCGUGCAGAACUACACCAUUGCCCUCGUCAUCCUCAUCCUCACUGUGUCUAGCCCCGCGGGAGAGAUCGCGACAUCUCUGCCCGGUGCCUUCAUGCUCUUUACGCCGCUGCCUCUCCUCGUCCUGCUUAUCAUCAGAAGAAGCUACCUGUGGUACCGAAAUCGCCACUCCGACAACAAACCCUCGCCCUCCACAGGCCUCAAGGACGUAUCUGAAAAGACCGGCUUCUCGAAGGGCGUCACGCACCACCAGAGCGACGUGGAGAAGAAAGGCAGUGGCAUGGACAACUUGGCUGCCGAACUCAGCGACAAAGUGUAAACAGCGGCCUCCUUCUCAGCCGCCUAGUGUCGUCUCGUCUCUGCGCUAGUGACAAGUUCGGCUCUCAUCUCACCACUUGUCCGGUGCCACAGUCCCCGUGCAUACGCUAACUUAUACAGAUACUCUUGGGACUCCAUGCAGUAUGGUAAAGAUUUAUCAGGAUCACGCCAGCAAUGCAACAGUGGUUAGGUAUUCGGCCUCGCCUGCUGUGAAGGUAUCUGGUAUCACCCUAAUUGUGCCCACGUCUUUAUCUACCUGCAGUGUGAAGUGUAGGGCAAGCAAUAGUUUUGACCUGCCAUACUGUGUAAACUGACAUACAUAAAGCUACGUGACUGAUAACACAGGCAAUUAUACAAAUACAAAUGAAUGUCAGAUUUAUUUAUCCAUGCACCAUACGCCUUAAACUUUGAAUCAACAUUGAGUACUUUUUUCUCUACAAAACUAACAACAUAAAUAAUUAAUGUGAAUGCAUAUGCAGCAAGACAGAACCAGCAACUGCGUCAUAUCCUAUUCUACCCAUUCUUUCUUUGGCGCCAUAGAUCUUCAGAUCACAGACGCUGCCUUGUAGCUAACCAGUUCUGUGACUGUCAUUGAUGUUGACUCUUUUUCAAUGGUGAAGAACACUUUUAAUGUGCAAAGGUGCAUUAAAAGGCCUAACUACUCAACUUUGCAGUCGGUUAUAUCUUGAAAAGAACAGUGUAAAUGGGCAACGAGCCAUUCAUUUACAAAGGAGGCCAGAACAGUCAGAGGGAUAAGAGAUAGCAACAUGUGUGUGUGUACCUAGAUUCCUGAGGUGCAUGCCUCUCUCUAUCUGUUCAUUCACUUCUGUAGUAUUUCUGCUCCCAUGCCGUAAUAGUCAAAGUCAGGAUCUGCCAGUUGGAUGAUGGUAAUAAAACUUAUCUCUCUACCUUUACUAAUAAAAUAUUCUCCUUUGAACAUGUUCGUUGCGCUAAGUUGUGUCCAUGUCAAGACGUAUACGUAUUUCGUAUUUUCAGCAUUCACUCACCACUUCAUGCAGUUUUCGCAAUUCAUCAAAUUUUCUCUCCAUGUUACCCAAAAAGCUAAUAGUACAUAAUAGUUUCGCGAGCGUUCAGAGUCUGUGCAACAUCUCAAGUGCACAGCCACUGUCUUUGGAAAGGCAAGUACAAAGCAAGAUGCAAAGGCCAGGCAUCGCACCUGACCCCAAUCCCAUCAACCAUUCUUACUCCUUAAGAAAAUUUUGAUCAAGAGUAAAAGUCAUGUCAUAUGUAUUUUCGUUUUAAAGAAGCUUUCAGAGUAUUAAGAAGAGUGUCUUAGAUUUCGAAGUACUCGACUAAAAAGUAUUUAUGAAAUAUGCUUUGUAGUCAUUAUUUAUAAUCAUAAACCUCACAUCUGUAUUCUGUUAUACAAUGGAUUACAAAUAAAAGAAAUGCGAGUA